AUGCAAUCAUCCAACAUUGACUGGGAUAAAGGUGAUAAGGAUGGGCUUGUCUCCAUUGGUUCCCAUAGCCUCUAUCUAUCCGUUUCGGGGCCAGAUCGCAAGCCCGGAGAGCCUAUUGUCGUCCUCAUGCAAGGCGUUGGCAGCACGAUCGAUGAGUGGGUUGUAGUGCGAAAGCUUGUGGUUCCAUUUGCUCGUUGGUUGAACUAUGAUCGUUCAGGGAUGGGUAGGAGUGAAGGUCCUAGCCAGACACCACCAAGCAUAUCUGCAGCAUCAGUUGCAGCAGAGCUUGAUACUCUCCUUAGGAAUGCCGGUAUUGAGCCUCCGUUUAUCAUUGUCGCUCACUCGUGGGGAGGCUAUACUUCUCGCGAGUUUCUGGAACUUAGGCCUAAUGAUGUUGUGGGCAUGGUGUUCGUGGAUUGCAAUACGGAACGUUUCUUUGAUAGUGGUGCGUGGGGUUGGGACGUUUUCUUUCCAGUCCUUGGUGGCCAAGAUUUUAUUGAAACCACCGGUCUUGCAACGUCCCAUAUCCUAUCUGAGGAGGAGUGGAAAGCCGUCAGAGACGAGCAGGCUGAUCCCCGACAUCAAGCCACCGAGGCUGCUGAGAUGCAGGCGGUGCCGAAUGAUCGACGGGCUUUAGACCAUAAGAAUCAACUCGAAAAGCUACUUCUCAGGGAUUAUCCAGUCAGUGUUAUCAUUGCGGAUACACCUAAUGAUUUUCAGAGAAUGGAGUCCUUACGUGUUCUCUGA